AUGACUAGAAGUUCUGUCACGACUCUCAUUAUUUUUGUAAUUAUAUAUUCUCCGAGGUUGUCUCAUGCUUGGAGUCCUGCUCUGUUCAUACUUGGAGACUCGCUUCUUGAUAUCGGAACAAAUAAUUAUGUGGUACAAGCCAUUGGAAAAGCCAAAUACCCACACUAUGGUAUCGACUUUUUUAACUCCACACCUAGUGGGAGGUUUAGCAAUGGCCUAAACGUAGCUGAUUUUAUGGCCAAAGCAGUGUUCGGAGAAUCAGUGACAAGCCCACCAGCAUACCUUUCGCUAUUCUAUGGAGGAAAAUACGGCGAAAAGAGGCUUGCCAACGCACUAGACAAUCAUCCUAGAAGACGUUGGAGGCGUCCUAUGACACGUUUUAACUACACUAGUGCGCGGGCUACACGAGAGAACCCUGCAGUAGGCUUAAAUUUUGCUUCGUCUGGUACUGCAAUCUUGAAUAGCAAUAGUGCAAUCGAUCUAGGAUUGCCGAUAACCGAACAGAUUUCUCAAGUAAUGUUUGUCCAUGGGAACCUUACAUCAACAAUCGGUUCAUGGAGAACGCAGUUGUUGUUUGCAAAAUCGCCGUUUUUUAUAGGCGUCGGUAAUAACGACGUACAUUUCUUUGCGUUGUUUAAAUACAAAACGGAUCCUGAUGUGUACGUCGAUCAACUAAUCAAUACCUACAACGACAUGUUAACAAUUCUCUACAACCUAGGAGCAAGGAAGUUUGGAAUUUUAGGCAUUCCAUAUGUCGGAUGUAGUCCCUUAAUGAGAGUUAGCGACAAGAACGGAAAUUGUUCACAAACGGCAAACGAUUUGGCAGUGCGACUUAAUACUAGACUUGAGCAGCUUUUGUGGAAUAUGAGUAAACAAUCGAGAGGAAUGAUCUAUUCGUUCGCAAAUACGUACGAUAUACUUUAUGACUACUUCGAAAAUCCAGAUAAUUAUAAUUUUAGGAAUGUUAUUGAUGCUUGUUGUGGAUUGGGGAGAUUUAGGGCAAUGACAAAUUGUCAUCCGCUAGCAAAAGUGUGCAAGAAUCGGAACGAAUUUCUAUUUUGGGACGUAUCACACCCCACGGAACGUGCUAUGGAUUUAAUGGUUCGAACAGUUACAUUUGGUGGCCGGGAAUAUGCAAGACCAAUUAAUUGGGCAACGUUAGCGAGACUGUAA